GAGUAGAAAUCUGUUGCCAUGAGAAACAUUUGACAUUUAAUAAAGUUGAUCAAUUUUUAAAAAGCAUGAAAUUGAAGAUCACAUUGCAAUAUUGCAUUGCAUAGAGCUGUGAUUACAACUGCAUGAUUUUUCAAAUGAGCAAUCAUUAAAUACAUGAGUUCAAAACAGCGUGUAGCGAGGAAUAAUUCAUCAUUUUUAGUUGAAGAACAAAGUUUUAAGAUGUCUUCCUCGAUGUUAACCGCUGUAGAUAAAGAAAAUGAAAACGAAAGUGCAAUUAAAACCGCCGUCACUCCAAUGCGUUGGUUUGUUUUGUUUUUGUUCUCAUGUUACGUAAUAUUACAAUAUUUCUCUUGGAACAUUUUUGGACCUAUAUCUUCUUCUGUCAAAAAAACAUUUCAUUGGAAUAACACUGACAUAUCUAUGUUGGCUAACUGGGAUACAAUUCUGUUUGUUAUAUUUUCUAUGCAAAUGUAUUGGUUAGUGCAACGAAACGGUCUCCGAAUUACACUACUUAUGUCGUUGUCAAUGAUGACUAUUGGAGCUAUCUGUAGAUGCAUCCCUUUAAAAAAUGACUGGGCAAAGUGGAUAUUAAACACAGGACAAAUUUUUAAUGGUCUUGGCGGAAUGUUAGCCCAAGCCGCUGCUCCCUUUCUUUCAAGUACUUGGUUUCCCGCUAAACAACGAACAACUGCUACCGCUAUUGCUUCAUUAUCGUGUCCGCUUGGCAUUGCUAUUUCUCAUUUGGUUGGUCCUGCAUUUGUGCCAGAUUUAAUAAUAAAAAAUGAAUCAAAUCCUUUUGACAAACAGAAUAUUGCUUCAAGAUUAAUCAUGCGCUCAAGAAUCGAAUAUUUAAUGUAUCUAGAAUUUGCAUUGUCAGCUUUGCUUCUUUUCGCAUCAAUUUUUUGUUUCCGAAACAAGCCACCAUACCCUCCUUCAAAUUCAGCAUCACUUGAAAAAAUAAAAUUUAAAAUUGGAUUAGUUAAACUUAUAAAAAUCAAAGACUUUUGGCUUAUAAUGGCAGUCGCCUCUUCAGUUACUGGAGUUUAUAGUGGAUGGGGCGCUAUGUUAGCUGUCAAUCUGAGAGGCAAUGGACUUGAUAUUUCUCAAAAAGAAUGUGGUCUAGUUGGUUUCAUUACCACUAUGUCAAGUGUGUUUGGUGGAAUUAUGGUCGGUAAACUAGCUGAUAGAUUUAAUUGUAGGCUAAAACUUAUUAUUGUUGUUUUGUAUUCCAUUGCAUCUACUACCUUUUUAUGGAUUACGCUGAUAUGUGAAAAAAUUGCACCUUUCUCCAAAGCAAGUGUGUAUAUUUCAUGCAUUAUCGGUGGUUUUUGCAUAAAUGGAUCAAUUCCAUUGUUAUUUGAAUUGGUAGUGGAGCUUACUUAUCCUGUGCCAGAGACCGUUAGCAUUGCGUUUAUUAGUGUUGUCAACAAUUUGUUUGCGUUUAUCUUUUUGCUUAUACUUGGGAUCCCUAAUAUAGGAGUUUCGUGGAUGAACUGGUGUUUAUUUGCAAUAUGUAUUACGUCAUUGGGUCUGCUUUUCUUUGUCAGUGAAAACUAUAAAAGAAUGAAAAUUGAUGAAAAAAAUCAAGAGAUAUUUGAAAAAUAACAACAUAUUAAUACUAAA